UAACAUCAGGAACUUAAAAGGAAACUGAACAUUCUGACUCGUCCUAGUGGAAUCUCAGUGGAAAACUCCAAAGCCGAUGGACCUCUGUUGCAGAUUUUAUUUAUGAACAAUGUCAUUACUAAGCGAUAUCAUCAGGAAAUUGAAGACUUUGUUUUUAAUUUAGUUCAGAAAUACGAAGAGCAGAAGAAAGGUGACCAAGAGAAAACACACUUGAAUGUUAAGCCACAGCCCUCCAGUGUUGUUUUGGAAGAGGACUGUAAAACAACCAGCUCAAACUCUGCCAAAAAAAUGAAAGAAGCUUUUAGUGUUGUAGGAAGUGUUCUGUAUUUUACCAAUUUUUGUCUUGAUAAACUGGGACAGCCUAUAUUAAAUGAGAAUCCACAGCUGACAGAAGGAUGGGAAAUACCUAAAUAUCAGCAAGUUUUCAGCCAGAUUCUCUCCCUAGAUGGACAAGAAAUACAAGUCAAACCCAGAAGGCCCAAACCUCAUUGUUUCAAUUGUGGUUCUGAAGACCAUCAAAUGAAGGACUGUCCACAGCCCCGAAACGCUGCUCGGAUCAGUGAGAAGAGGAAGGAGUUUCUGGAGGCUUGUGGGGACAGCAGUCAGAACUUCCAGCAGCGUUACCAUGCAGAAGAGGUAGAAGAGAGGUUUGGAAAAUUUAAGCCAGGAGUAAUCAGUGGAGUCCUCCAGGAUGCACUUGGAGUCACAGACAGGAGUCUUCCUCCCUUCAUCUACCGCAUGCGGCAGUUGGGCUAUCCCCCAGGCUGGCUCAAGGAGGCUGAAAUGGAGCACUCAGGACUGGCACUUUACGAUGGAAGAGGUGAUGGUGCAGCAGAAGACGAAGCCUCUCACCAGCCCAAACGUGUCACGUACGAUGUCUCUAAGCUGGUAAACUAUCCAGGCUUUAAUACAUCCACUCCAAGUGGGAUCCCAGAUGAGUGGCAGCUGUUCGGUUCCAUCCCCAUGCAGCCAUCUCAGCAGAAGGAUGUGUUUGCUCACUACCUUUCUAACUUCCAGGCGCCGUGUCCAAAAUCCAGCAGUAAAAGGGCUGCACCUCAGGCCAGGUCUCAUCAUUCGAAGCGGCCGAGAGGAGACAAUUUCAGAUCCUAAUCGAUGUCUGUCAAUCCCUUUCUAGAUCAUGAAGCAGCACAAAGAUCUCAAACCUCCAACAGCUUUCAGUUCCAGCCUCCUCUGCCACCUGGAUCUCCAUCAAUGUCAACUCCUCUUCCUUUACGACGUGGAACACCUCCACUUACACCACCUCAGCCUUCAACACCCACCCACUCUCCUCUUCCUAGGGCUACUCCACCACUGGAUCCUCCCAGUGAUAAUGCUUAUCCAAAGAUAGUGGACUCAGUCAUGGAUGAGGAUACUCUGACCCUGGAGGAGCUGGAGGAACAGCAGAGGUUGAUCUGGGCAGCACUAGAGCAGGCAGAGAGCACAAACAGUGACUCUGAUGUUCCUGUUGAUACACCUUUAACUGGGAAUUCUGUUCCAUCAUCACCAUCUAGGAGUGAAGUAGAUCUCGUUGCAGAAGUCAGGUCACCUGAGAAGGUGAUCUCAGUGGAAACUGAGGCUCCUGACAUCAGUGAGCAGACACCAGAAAAUGAACUUUCUAUAGCUAGUCCCGGCCCAGGAGACAAUUUAGUUAACUCUGAGGACAAUCCUGAUAACACAGUUCCUGAAGAAGUGCUGGAGAACACCCUGCCUGCUCCCAGCAGUGAGGGCAGUGAUGGGGAAAGCACAGCUGGCAAUAAAGUGCUCACAAGCCCUGAAUCAUCUGCCCCAAAAUCCAGUCUUGUUCCUGACAUGAGCAAGUUUGCUGCAGGUAUAUCACCCUUUGAGUAUGAGAACAUGGAGGAAUCCACGGGGGUUUAUCUCCGGAUCAGAAGUCUCUUAAAGAAUUCCCCAAGGAACCAGCAAAAGAAAAAGACUUAA